UUUAAUUUUUCUAACAAAUAAACUUAGGAAAUUAAGAAAAGUAGGUACUUAUUUUAAUUUACUUGUAAUUAGACGAAAAUCUUUGCGUAAAGCUGUAACGUGAAUGUAUUGUUAAGCAAUGAUUCAUUUAAAUACCUAACAUUUAAGUUCCUAGUUAGGUGUAAUCAUUCGAUAACUGAAGUACUUAUGGAGCUAUACAUAGAGUUGAGAAGAGUGAUAGACACUGCAAUAAUGAAGCAUGCAAAUUGAGUGUAAAUAAAUACUAAUGUUUUCAAGUAGGCAGCCCUAAUUAAAUGCGCAGAAUUAUAACAAGUUAUACUAUGAUGGUCAGCCAGUUCAAAGCAUAACAAACGAAGUAGAUAUAGAUUAUAUGUAAUGUACGUAAUAUACGUAUGUAGGUACGGGGGAAGUAACUGAGCCGAGACCGUCUGCAGUCCAUCAGUCAGUCGACACGCCACGCUCGUGCCCAUUAGUCGUUCAUAGUACGCUCUCGGUUAACACAACAAAGGAGCAUAAUGGCUCCUUAUCGCGCUGCGUUCAUCUCGCUCUUAUGUGCCAUGUCUGUAGCAGCAGUCGAUCUACCCUAUGCUCUCACCGACGACUUCAUAAAUCUAAUUAACGCGAAGCAAAAUUUAUGGAAAGCCGGCCGCAACUUUCCUGUAAAUACCCCGGCCAAACAUCUAAUGAAACUCGCAGGCGUACUGGAGGAUACUCACUUUGAUAAACUACCCAACAAGAUACAUGAUGCCGACGUAAUAGCUUCGCUCCCGGAUAACUUCGACCCGAGAGAUAAGUGGCCAAACUGCCCUACUUUGAACGAAAUUAGAGAUCAGGGUUCUUGCGGAAGCUGCUGGGCCUUCGGCGCGGUCGAAGCGAUGACCGAUCGAGUUUGCACGUAUUCAAACGGCACGCAACAUUUUCACUAUUCUGCUGAAGAUCUGCUAAGUUGUUGCCCGAUCUGCGGGCUCGGAUGCAACGGUGGCAUGCCCACUCUGGCCUGGGAAUACUGGAAACAUUUCGGUCUAGUAUCUGGAGGCAGCUACAACUCGAGCCAAGGAUGCAAACCGUACGAAAUACCGCCUUGCGAACAUCACGUUCCUGGUAACCGUAUGCCAUGCAGUGGUGACACAAAAACGCCGAAAUGUUUGAGGACCUGCGAAUCUAAUUACAACGUCGCGUACAAGAAAGACAAACGUUACGGUAAACAUGUUUUCUCAGUUAGAGGAGGUGAAGAUCAUAUUAGAGCAGAAUUGUUUACGAAUGGUCCAGUUGAAGGUGCCUUUACAGUUUAUUCUGAUCUUCUGUUGUACAAAAGUGGAGUUUACAAGCAUGUCCAAGGAGACGCCCUCGGAGGCCACGCCGUCAAGAUUCUAGGUUAUGGCGUUGAGAACGGAAUCAAGUAUUGGUUGAUCGCCAAUUCCUGGAACUCUGACUGGGGCGACAACGGAUUCUUCAAGAUCAUCCGUGGAGAAGAUCAUUGUGGCAUUGAAAGUUCUAUAGUAGCGGGGGAGCCAUUGCUAACUAAUUAACAAUAUUAAUAUGUUUAAAUAACAACUGUUAUCUGUAUGUUUAAUUCAAACUGAUAUACCAAACAAGCUCAUCAUCAAAUUGCUCAUGAGUGUUAAUUAAUGUUUAGGCAUAAGUAUGAUAAGUAAGAAUACAAUAGUUGUUAUUAAAAUGAAAAA